CGGGCGGCCGGGCCGAGGUAACCGUCUUUCCGUCGCGCCGUCUGCGCUGCCCGGGCGCGGAGAGGUGGCCCCGGGGACCGCGGCGGGGCCUGUGGCCCGUGCGAGGCCGGGCAGCUUGCAACCGAGCCCCGGGGCGCAGGAAGCCGCUCUUCCUCCCCAGCCCCCGCCCUCCCCGCGCGGCGCACACCUCCUCCCUGACGCAUUUUGCCGCACAGGCUGUAAUAUGGCGGCAGCGACAGCGGCCUCGGCUCCCGGGAGCUAGGUCCGUUUUGAAUGCUUCCAAACCGUGAGACCGGGCGCUGCUGCUUGGAGCAAAAGGAUUGGCUCAGUUGUCCUUGAUUGAGCUAUAGGAACCAUGGGAAUAAAGGUCCAACGUCCUCGAUGUUUUUUUGACAUUGCCAUUAAUAAUCAACCUGCUGGAAGAGUUGUCUUUGAAUUAUUUUCCGAUGUAUGUCCCAAGACAUGUGAGAACUUUCGUUGUCUUUGUACAGGUGAAAAGGGGACUGGGAAAUCAACUCAGAAGCCAUUACAUUAUAAGAGCUGUCUCUUUCACAGAGUUGUCAAGGAUUUCAUGGUUCAGGGUGGUGACUUCAGUGAAGGGAAUGGAAGAGGAGGAGAAUCUAUUUAUGGAGGAUUCUUUGAAGAUGAGAGUUUUGCUGUUAAACACAACAAAGAAUUUCUCUUAUCAAUGGCCAAUAGAGGGAAGGAUACAAAUGGCUCUCAGUUCUUCAUAACAACAAAACCAACUCCUCAUUUAGAUGGGCAUCAUGUUGUUUUUGGGCAAGUGAUCUCUGGUCAGGAAGUUGUGAGAGAGAUUGAAAACCAGAAAACAGAUGCUGCUAGCAAACCAUUUGCUGAAGUACGGAUACUCAGUUGUGGAGAGCUGGUUCCAAAAUCUAAAGUUAAGAAAGAAGAAAAGAAAAGGCAUAAGUCAUCGUCUUCAUCAUCAUCCAGUGAUUCAGAUAGCUCAAGUGAUUCUCAGUCCUCCUCUGAUUCUUCUGAUUCAGAAAGCGCUUCAGAAGAAAAAUCUAGAAAAAGGAAAAAGAAACAUAGAAAAAACUCCCGAAAACAUAAGAAGGAGAAGAAGAAGCGAAAGAAAAGCAAGAAAAGCCCAUCUAGUGAAAGUGAAGCAGAAAACCUUGAUGCACAGCCCCAGUCUACUGUCCGCCCAGAAGAGAUCCCUCCUAUACCUGAAAAUAGAUUCCUAAUGAGAAAAAGUCCUCCUAAAGCCGAUGACAAGGAAAGGAAGAACAGAGAGAGAGAAAGAGAAAGAGAGUGUAAUCCACCUAACUCCCAGCCUGCUUCAUACCAGCGACGAUUCUUAGUUACUAGAUCUGGCAGGAAAAUUAAAGGAAGAGGACCAAGGCGUUAUCGAACUCCUUCCAGAUCCAGAUCAAGGGAUCGUUUCAGACGAAGUGAGACUCCUCCACAUUGGAGACAAGAGAUGCAGAGAGCUCAAAGAAUGAGGGUGUCAAGUGGUGAAAGAUGGAUCAAAGGGGAUAAGAGUGAGUUAAAUGAAAUAAAAGAAAAUCAAAGGAGCCCAGUUAGAGUAAAAGAGAAAAAAAUAACAGAUCACAGACACAUGUCUGAGAGUCCAAACAGAAAAAUAGAAAAGGAAAAGAAAGUUAAAGAUCAAAAAUCUGAAAGCAAAGAAAGAGACAUCAGAAGAAAUUCUGAAAAAGAUGACAAAUAUAAUAAAAACAAAGUGAAGAAAAGGGGCAAAUCCAAAAGUAGGAGUAAGAGCAAAGAGAGAUCCAAGAGUAAGGAAAGAGAUUCCAAGCAUAACAGACAUGAAGACAAGAGGAUGAGGUCAAGAAGUAAAGAAAGGGAUCAUGAGACUACUAAAGAAAAAGAAAAACAGUUGGAAUCUAAAGGGAAAGAUCAGGAAAGGAGUAGAAGCAAAGAGAAUUCUAAACAGGUAGAAUCAAAAAGUAAUGAGCAUGAUCAUAGCAAAAGUAAAGAAAAGGAUAGACGUGCACAGUCUAGGAGUAGAGAGCGUGAUCUGACUAAGAGUAAACACAGUUACAACAGUAGAACAAGGGAGAGAAGCAGAAGUAGGGACAGGAGCAGGAGAGUACGGUCUAGAAGCCAUGACAGAGAUCGCAGCAGAAGCAAGGAAUAUCAUAGAUACAGAGAACAGGAGUAUAGGAGAAGAGGAAGGUCACGAAGCCGGGAUCGAAGAACACCGGGACGAUCGAGAAGUAAAGAUAGGAGGAGAAGAAGGAGGGAUUCCCGGAGCUCAGAGAGAGAAGAAAGUCAAAGUAGAAACAAAGAAAAGUAUAGAAGCCAAGAAAGUAAGAGUUCACACAGAAAAGAAAAUUCUGAGGGUGAGAAAAGAAUGUACUCUAAAAAUCGUGAUCAUAAUAGCUCAAAUAAUAACAGGGAAAAAAAGGCUGAUAGAGAUCAAAGUCCAGUGUCAAAAACAAAACAAAGCAGUCAGGACAAUGAAUUGAAGUCCUCCACAUUAAAAAUUCAGGAGGACGAGAAGACCAGAUCUCCAGUGGAAAAAGAAAACCAAAAAUCAAAGGGUCAAGAAAAUGACCAUGUACAUGACAAAAAUAAAAAGUGUGAUCAUGAAUCAAGCCCCGGAACAGAUGAGGACAAAAGCGGAUGAGUGAGUUAUAUACAUUUAUUUCCUUCCUGUCUCAAAUUUUAAGUUCUCAAGACUUACUGUUGAAUCUCCUUUUUGUUGUUUUCAUUGUUUUGGGUUGUUUUAUGUUUGUCUUUCCCCAUUAUCCCCCCUUUUUUUUUUUAAAUGUGGACUUCAUUGAGUUGAUCUUUUGAUAAUCUGACCUGGAUAAUUUGUACUGCUAAAGUUUUAAUAAACUUGAAAUGAAAAAAAUAAAAAAACAACACUUUGGUGUAAUAUUGUGUGCUAUAUUAGACUAUCUUAUGUAUUCAUUUUUGUGUUGCAGCAGUCAGUAGCAGCCUACUUUGCUUAGUCAGCCAUUUGGAAACAAACUUAACUGUUGGUUGCAGUACAUUGUUAUACAAGCUUGUAUUUCUUUUGAUAAAAAUCUCUUGAGGAACCAGUAGAAGUUUUGUAUUGUGUUUUGUUUUGCAUUUAUAAUUCAUAAGCUUACAGCAAGUUCUUUAAUUACACAGAAGCAGGAUCCUUAUAUGUGCUCUUAAGCCAUCACUUGUACUUUAAUUACUUUUCCUGUGCUUCAUACCUUAUACUUUACAGUUCCAGAUAUAGCUUGUUUCUUAAUAUUGUCCAUGUUGCUCUGUGAGCUGUAAAAGUGAGAUGAAUGCAGUUUUCAGUUUAUGUGCUGAUUGAGCUUGAGUUGCUGUUAUACAGCAUUUGACAGAGAUUAGACCUUGGAAGAUCAGACUGUAAUUUUAAUUCUUUGAUGCUUUUGGUGUGAGGAGCUGAAAUUGUUGCUUUUAAAGAACAUGUUACUACCUUUUUCUACAAUUUAAAAACAUUUCUCAUUAAAACAUAAUAUUUGUGUAGGUCCUUCUUAAGCUAGACAGAUUCUGAAAAGCAUUAGUAUUGGAAAUACGAUUUCCCUGUUUUGGCUAUUAGCCUGUGUCACAUUGAGUGUUAAUUAUGCAUGGUUUUGUUUUGUUUUAUUUUUUAUUUUUUAACUUGGACUAACUUCUCUAAUUCUCAUAGCUGUGAUUAUGAAAUGUCAAGAAGAUGCAUCUUUCUAUAUAUGUACCAUGAUAGGCUGCAGCAUGUUUGUGACUCUGGUUUCUUUCUGUUCAGAUGGCUUUAGACCAGUUUACUGUUAACAUUAUUUUAACUUGGCAUGUAUAACAUUGCCAUGUAGAAUAGAAUAGAAAGUUGCAAAAUAUGAUAUCUUACAGAGUUAAACACUAAAACAUAUCCGAACUCCAUUCAGAAUUUUGUGUGUUGUAUUUUGCUAUUUUUGUGAUGUAUGGCCUUUUAUUCUGUAAUAUCCUUCUAAAUAAAAAUAUUGAACAUCCAGCAAACACAAAACCUGCCUCAUUUGAAAAAUAUUUCAAAACUCCAGUUAAUAGUAGCCUUUAGAAAGUUUUGUAAUAUUUGUCAGUAUAGUGUCAACUCAUACCAAGGUAGCUUCUAGGUAAACCCAGUAGCUACUCAAUGCUAUUUGUAAUGAAUAAAGUGAUGCCUAAUAUACUUCCUAUUUUUGAUUGUUACAUUAAGAUGUAUUUGGCAUUGUAGCUGGUACAGAAUGAAGUGUGCAGUGAUUAUAAAACUGAUUGGAAUAUCCUAAAGCAAAUACCCUCAGUGGAUUCUUUACAAAUUGUUUUUCCUGAUGGGAAAAGUUAGCAUAUAUAUGAUCUGUUACAUGUCUGAAACAAAUUGAUUGUGUCUUCAAUUCAGUCAAUUGUGUUUUAAAAUAUAUCCCAAACUACCUGAUCUUUAAGAAAGAAAUUUUUACUAACAUUUUAAAAUCCAUACUAAGUAAAAAUACUUUUUUUUUCCUA